AUGGACCGAAGCAAGCGGAAUUCAAUAGCAGGUUUUCCACCACGCUUCGAGCGCGCUGAAGACUUUGAUGGUGCCGCUGGAGGAGAAGGGGCUGCAUCCCAGAUAGGAAGAGUUUGUACCUCUUCAUACAGAGCCCUGAUAAGUGCCUUUUCCAGACUUACUCGUCUUGAUGACUUCACAUGUGAGAAAAUUGGCUCUGGUUUCUUCUCUGAGGUGUUCAAGGUAAGGCACAGAACUUCAGACCAGGUAAUGGCUUUGAAGAUGAACACACUGAACAGCAACAGAGCAAACAUGCUGAAAGAGGUUCAACUUAUGAAUAGACUCUCACAUCCAAACAUCUUAAGGUUUAUGGGUGUCUGUGUGCAUCAAGGACAGCUGCACGCACUUACUGAGUACAUCAACUGUGGUAACCUGGAACAGCUAUUAGACAGUAACCAACAUCUGCCCUGGACAGUGAGGGUGAAACUGGCAUAUGACAUUGCUAUGGGAAUCAGUUAUCUUCACUAUAAAGGCAUUUUCCACCGAGACCUUACAUCCAAGAACUGCUUAAUAAAACAUGAUGAGAACGGAUACUCAGCAAUAGUGGGAGACUUUGGUUUAGCAGAGAAAAUUCCUGAUCACAGUGAGAAGUUACCAGUGGUAGGUUCACCCUUUUGGAUGGCACCAGAAGUUCUCAGAGAUGAACCUUACAAUGAAAAGGCAGAUGUGUUCUCCUAUGGUAUAAUUCUGUGUGAGAUUAUAGCAAGAAUACAGGCAGAUCCAGACUAUCUCCCUCGCACAGAGAAUUUUGGAUUAGAUUAUGAUGCCUUCCAGCACAUGGUGGGAGACUGUCCCCCUGACUUCCUCCAGCUGGCCUUCAACUGCUGUAAUAUGGAUCCAAAGUUGCGUCCUUCAUUUGCUGAUACUGUCAGAACACUGGAGGAAAUUUUAAACCGCCUGAGAAAUGAGGACUCAGAGAGAGAGAGAAAGUUUUUGAACCUUGACAACAGUGAAAGAAAACUCAAAGGGUCAAUUGAAAAAGGACCAGGAGUAAAGCGUUUGAGUUCCCUGGAUGAUAAGAUCCCACCCAAGUCACCCCGUCCGCGUCGGAAUAUCUGGUUGUCACGCAGCCAGUCUGAUAUCUUCUCCCGCAAGCCUUCCAGGAAGAUAAAUGUGCAGGACCCCUAUUAUACGCCAAACAAAGGAUUAGGCCGGAAAGUUAAUCCCUUCAAUGCCCGGGAGGACCUUAAGGGGGGGAAGAUCAAAUUCUUUGACAUGCCAAGCAAGUCUGUGAUCUCCCUCGUGUUUGAUUUGCAUUCUCCUGAGGCAGGUGGUGGCCUGAAAGCCAGCCAGUCCCAGUUCCGGCAGGCGUAUAGCACAGACUGGCAAGAAUUUUCCCUUCUUCCUGGGAGGAGAUGCAGAUCACUUCCACUCUCUCCUGAACUGCCGCAUAAGGAAUAUGGCCUGUUUGGGGGACUGUCUUCAACUGUCAGCAGGUGUGACCCAACCCAGCUAGGUGCAGAGGUUCGGCAAAAACUCCUGAGUAGCAGUAAAUAUGGUGUGUCAGAGAUUCCCCCCUUUCAAGCCAAGCCUCAGAGGCCAGAAUUUCUUCCUGUACCAGGACAAGAAGAGGAUAUGGACUGUUCAGAUGGGCCAGUGGCCCAGGAGGAAAAUGGGUUUUGCCCUGUUGAGAACCCAUGUGGAAAUCCAGCAUGUAAUCAACCAUUAGUGCUGGCCCAGUCUGAGCCGCUAUCUUACAAAAAGCUCCCAGUCGAGAAUUCAGUGAACUCUGAGGAACAUGGCUCCUCACAAGUGUUUGUGGGUUGUCUCCCUUCUGAAGAGAUGGAGGUGGAAGAUGACCUACUGAAAAAUACUCCGCUAGAGUCUACAAAGCCUCUGUUCACUGUUAGUCCUUCCACUGAGCUGAAGAGAGAGGGAUGGCCCUUCAGGGAGCAAGAUGGGGACAGUCCUGCCCCGUUGUCUCAGACCUCCUCCAACAUCUCAGCAAGUGGCAGCACGCAGUCAACUUGUGACAUAUGAAGAGAGGGCUCAAACUGAACGUGUCCUUGAGGGAACAGUUGUUCCCAGUCGUUUAAACUCUGUUUUUCUGUAGU